AACAUUCACUGGAGAUUAAAAUACAUUCCCAAUACUAUUUAAAUACAGAUAUGAAACAGUCAUCACCACACUUGUUAAUCACACAGUGUAAAUUAAGUCAUACUGACAAAGACUAAGCCCUGAAAACGAUGAAGUCUCUUGUGAUUCUUGCAUUGGCUGUUUUUACAGGUUGCAAAGCCAACAUAUCUAAUGAAGAGAAGCCAAAUCCACAUCUGGAACACUUAAUAAAUGCAUUCUGGAACUAUAUUGCCCAAGCAGUGCAUACUACUGAUGAAACUUCACAGAUGAUAAGGACAACCCAGCUGGGACAAGAAGUCAAACUAACACAGACUCCUCCAUCUGAAGAUAUGAUGACCAAAAUCACAGAAGAGACUGAAGUGUUGAGGGAGCGUUUGGGCCAGGACCUGAACACCCUGAGAGACAAACUGGAGCCCUAUGCCGACAACCUCAAGAGCCAGAUCCAGCAGAGAGUGGAGGAGAUCAGGAUAGCCAUGACUCCAUAUGCAGAAUCCCUGGAUUCUGAGACCCUGAAGGCCACUCUGCUCCAGAAGAGUGAGGAGCUGAGAGGAAACCUGGAGCAGAGCGUGAAGGAGCUGCAGGCUCAGCUGGAGCCCUACACUGCUGAAAUCAUGGAGAAUGUGGACCAAAAUCUGCAGGAAAUGAAAAAAUCUUUGGCUACAUCAACUUAAGACCUCCAGUACCAGAUUUAA